AUGCGUUACGCAUACUCUAGAAUUCAAAAUCCUAGAGUUAUGUGGGACUCUGCGACCAUCUCUCAAUGGUCGCCAUACCCACUAAGACCCGACUUCAACCAAAGGCAGCCCAAGGGCUACCCCCGUAUUGAUGGUUUGUCAGCGUUGUCGCAUGAUCCGCCCGUCUUGCCUCCGAGGGCUCUGUGGCCGCAGAGCCCAUCUUCGCCAAGACGGUUGGUCGCGCGGACUCUCGUCAACUCCGUCGCUACCGGCCCCGUGCGACGGCACGGCCUACCGGUGCGCGUGUUUCAGAGACGCGACAACAUAGACGUUUUAAAUCCGAUGAGCAACCUGGCUAAAGAAGAAUCUCAUCAGAUCGACCGCCCUGGGCUGCUGCAAGGCGACACCAGAGCAUCAACUCCCAAGCUCGAAAGCUGUCUGGCGGCCAUGGUGCACGAAGCACCGAGCAAGCGCGACCGGUGCAAGACAGAGACAGGACAAGACUCUCCCCUGGCCAGCCGGUGGUCAAGGGCCUGCAAGUCUUCCGAUCGACAGGCGGUCGCCAGUCUGCUUGACAUGUGCUCUCGCAAGAGCCGGCUUCGCUCCUCUGUCCCUCGCGCUGCUCUCUGGCGUCCCCGCGGAGGUCUGCCACAGAAUACUACCUGGUGCAUCAUCGGCGACUCUCUGCAUGAGAAUGCUACCUCUGGAGAGUCGAGUGACUACGGCAUCAACGGCAUCCGCGGUGAUCGUUGA